UGUUCCCCUGCAUCGAUCACAAGACACAAGAUUUUUCACUGAUAGAAUAGCAACACUUGGGUGAGAGAUCAGACGCGUGUUUGAGAAGAUGGAGAACUACCAGGGGCAGCACGGCUACGGCGCCGACCGCGUCGACGUGUACGGCAACCCGGUCGCCGGCCAGUACGGCGGCGGCGCCACCGCUCCCGGCGGAGGCCAUGGCGUGAUGGGAAUGGGAGGGCAUCACGCCGGCGCCGGCGGGCAGUUCCAGCCGGUGAAGGAGGAGCACAAGACCGGCGGCAUCCUCCACCGCUCCGGCAGCUCAAGCUCCAGCUCGUCGUCUGAGGACGACGGGAUGGGAGGGAGGAGGAAGAAGGGAAUCAAGGAGAAGAUCAAGGAGAAGCUCCCCGGCGGCAACAAGGGCAACAACCAGCAGCAGCAGCAGAUGAUGGGGAACACCGGCGGCGCGUACGGGCAGCAGGGGCACGCCGGGAUGACCGGCGCCGGCACCGGCACCGGCGUGCACGGUGCGGAGUACGGCAACACCGGCGAGAAGAAGGGCUUCAUGGACAAGAUCAAGGAAAAGCUUCCCGGCCAGCACUAAAUAAGCUCGACCGGGUCGUCACCAAAUAUGUCGUGAUGUACGUGCAGUUUUAUAUGUUGUUGAAUAAACUAGCGUGAAAUGCGAGUGAUGGUGUCUUCUGCCUUGGGACGGAUGACACAUUGUCUGUUGUGUUCUCGCGUCCGUGUCGGUUUUACCCUUGAAAUGUAAUAUGGUGUGUGUACACACUAAGGUUUUAUUGAAGUGUGACUUUGUGCUUGUGUUAUUUGGCCGUA